UCAUCUAAUAAAGGGUCCAUAUUGGGCUAUUGGGCUUUCCUAUGUAGCUUUCGUUAUAAGACUCAUUAAAAGAACCCGGAUCCGAAAUAUUCUAGAGCGGGUAACGACGAUUCGGGUUUUGCAAUUUGAAUUUAAAUCUCCGCUCUCUUUACUUUUCUCAUUGUAUCUUUUGUUUUCUUCUCGAAACGAGCCGUUAGAGAGAGAGAGAGGAAGGAGUUGGAUCUGAGUGAAUCGGAGAUGGCAGCGAACAUAGGGAUAAUGGACUCAGCAUAUUUCGUAGGGAGAACGGAGAUUCUCGCGUGGAUCAACUCCGCUCUGCAUCUAAAUCUCUCCAAAGUCGAAGAGGCUUGUUCAGGCGCGGUUCACUGCCAGCUCAUGGAUUCGGUUCACCCUGGUACUGUGCCGAUGCACAAGGUUAAUUUCGACGCCAAGAGUGAGUACGAGAUGAUUCAGAACUACAAGGUGCUUCAGGAUGUGUUUAACAAACUCAAGCUCACUAAGCAUAUUGAAGUGAGCAAACUCGUUAAAGGUAGACCACUUGAUAACUUGGAGUUCAUGCAGUGGAUGAAGAAGUACUGCGAUUCUGUUAAUGGUGGCCAGCUUCACAACUAUCACGCACUGGAGAGAAGGGAAGCCUGCAAAGGAGGAAAAGAAGCAACAAGGAGAGCUGCAUCUGGCAAGAGUUCUUCUUCUUCAGCUGCACCUAGACCUUCCUCUUCGAAUGGUACCCGUAAGCACGAACCAGCAUCCUCCAACGCUGGGAAUCACCACUCGUCAAGAGCUCCCUCGUCUAAACAAACUAAACCAGCGCCUGCUGCUGCGGCGGCUGCUUACGAUGAAAAGAUCACAGAACUGAAACUCUACAUAGACAGUUUGGAGAAAGAGAGAGACUUCUACUUCUCUAAACUACGAGAUGUAGAGAUUCUCUGUCAGAAUCCAGACACAGAACACUUGCCUCUCGUUGGUUCCAUAAAAAGAAUCCUCUACGCAGCAGAUGGAGAAGACCUUGGAGCAGCAGCAGCAGAGACACAGACCUUAAGCCCUAUUGCUGAAGGAUCGGAAGAGAGAAGGAACAGUGCAAUAGAGUCGCAGAAAAGGAAACUCAUAGUGAAUCAAGACGUGGAUGCUGCAGCGAUUACAUCACUCUCCCCAAGACAGCGCCUCUCUGAUUCUUCUGAUGUCAAAUGCAGUGGCUCAUCUCCUCUUUUGACCUGCUGAAUCUCCUUCCGACUACUCUGUUUCUUAUGAACGUUACUGUUAUGUUCGAAAAUUCUAUAUUACUUUAUAUAAGCCUAUUAUUACUAUAAACCUAUUAUUACUAUGUGCUUAAAAAGAAAGCAUCAUUCAUAUGAUGUUUUGUAAUCGUUGUGGUAUAAUAAUAAUCUGUUUUGACAUA